AUAAUUAUUAAUUUAUGUAUUUUAUUAAUUUAUUAUUCAUAAUCAAUGCCUAUUCAUGUAAUGUAGGUUUUAUUAGAUGUCAGUUUGUGGUAUGAGUAUCGGUUUUGUUUAAAUAUUGGUUCACGUUCAUAGUUUUCACCGAAAAUAAAAAAUUGUAAUUAUAUCGGUAGCAUAAUCAGAAAAAGUGGUAAGUAUAGGCUGUAUUAAAAAAUUAUCCCUAUGGAAUCAAUAUUCCUAAUAUUUUCAUUUUUCACUGAAUAAGACAAACUUAUUGUACAAUAUACUUAUGCACGUUAUAAUAAACAUGAAGGUGUAAUAAUAUAUACUUUGAAAUAGUUAAUACAGCGAUGUCCAUUCAAGCACUUCACGAAAUUUGUUCUCUUUGACAUUUAGAUUAGAACACAUGCCUCUACUAUAAAUAGGUUUUGACAGCAGUAGAGUUUGACUUUUACAAUUAGCCGGUAUACGGGAACAACUAAUCUGACCAAUAAUUCAUAUACAAGAACAAUAUUUAGUGUCGAUGUUUAUUUUAUGUACUAUAUAGUAUAACAACUAAACUCUUUCCAUUAUUUUCGUUUAAUUUAUAGUAAUAUUUAAAUUAUUAGUUGUAAAUAAUAAAUUCCCAAAUUAGAUUGGCAUAGCUAAAAUAAAUAUGGCUAAAUUCAAUAGGAAACUUCAAGUUACGGUAAGGCCACAGAAGAGACCAAAUUUACCUAAAGCUGCAGUUAACAUUUUAACUAGAUGGCUUGAAGAAAAUUGUACCAAUCCAUAUCCAUCCGAGUCAACGAAGAAAAUUUUGAUGGAAGUUACAAAUCUUACUAAAAAUCAAAUUUACAAUUGGUUCAUUAAUAGUCGUCGGAGAAUACUUCCAAACAUUUUAAAGGAAAAGGAUAUAGACAAAAGUCUAAUACUAUUGAAAAUUAAAAAGUUCACGUGUUUCACUCGUAACAGUUUUGCUCACCAUUUUGAAAAGAAAACUCAAUGCAAAACCGAAAAAAAAAUGGUCGAAUCAGAACCUAAUAUUGAACCCAAAAACGAAGAUUACAAUUUGCAAUUACUAGCAGAAGUGGCUACUAAAUUGCCACGAAUCUCAUGUACAUCAUAAUAAUAUAUAUUUAGGUAUACAUUAUUUUUUAUGUACGGUUAGUCAAU